AGACACGGGGUCACAUGUCAUCUGGGUAAAAAUAGCACGGUAGGUCACUGAAAUACCCCAACACACUCCGACGCAGGACUCAUAACUCCACGUUUUCAAUAAACAAGUUAGUGAACGCUGACUGAAAGCACUAGAACGACCUCCUCAGUUGAUUUUGGAUUUGCAGUAAGGAUGCGUUUGGAGAGGCUUGGGGUGCCCGUCUACGACCUGGGCUCUCUCCGCAGUCUCUGGGAGGUACGAACCCGGAAGUACAAACAGAGACAGAAGAAGGAGAAGGAGAGAGUGGAGAAGAGUGCUCUGGUCAAGAUCAACCAGCAGUGGCAGUACCCGGCGUGCACUGUAAGAGUCUGCGGGGCGGAGAGGUGGAUGUUCUGCAUCGUUACCUCGACAGAGACGUGCUCCUGGACGACAGCACAGACCCACAGCUCGCUGGCGCCGAGGGGAGUUCCCAAGCGGAGCUGCAGUGGAUGUCCCUACCUGAAGGAGUGGCAUGGUGCGCUCUACCAGGAUCAGCCGCCUGCCAAGACUUCCUUGUUCGUAUUUCAAGCAGCUCACCAACUGCAGCUGCCCAAGAACGCCCCUCAGCGCAGCUGCCCCCGAUGA